UACGCCAGCUUGCUCCCCCACCACCCGCUGCUGUGUCCACUGCCCCCCCCCCCCUUGCCUGCCGCGGCGAUUUAUACCACCACCCUCUGCCCGCCCCGACUCCAUCACGCCUCCCUUCUGCUGCUGCUGCUGCUGCUAAUGAGUGAAGGCGAGGCGUGGCUCUGAUCGAGUUCGCGUGGUACGUACGUAUACGCGUGAGGGGAUGAGGGAAGAGGCGGUGGCGGUGAUGGAGGCGCCGAGGCCCAAGUCGCCGCCGAGGUACCCGGACCUGUGCGGCCGCCGGCGGAUGCAGCUGGAGGUGCAGAUCCUGAACCGCGAGAUCACGUUCCUCAAGGAUGAACUUCACUUCCUUGAAGGGGCUCAACCGGUUUCUCGUUCCGGAUGCAUUAAAGAGAUAAAUGAGUUUGUUGGUACGAAACACGACCCACUAAUACCAGCAAAGAAAAGGAGGCACAGAUCUUGCCGUCUUUUUCGGUGGAUCAGGUCAAAAUUGUGCAUUUGCAUUUCAUGUUUUUGCUGCUGUUGCCCGUGUUCACCCAAGUGCAAAAGGCCAAAGUGCUUCGAUUGUUCUCGCAGCUCCUGCUGCGAUGAGCCGUGCUGUAAGCAAAACUGCAGUGCGUGCUGUCCCGAGCCAUGCUGCAGCCCAGACUGCUGCUCGUGCUCAUGCUGUAGUCCAAACUGCAGUUGCUGCAAGACCCCUCCAUGCUGCAAGCCAAGCUGCUCGUGCUCCUGUCCAAGCUGCAGCUCAUGUUGCGACACACCGUGCUGCAAACCGAGCUGGAGCUGCUUCAAGAUCUCUCCAUGCUUCAAGUCUCUGUGCAGCUGCUUCAAGGUCCCUUCAUGCUUCAAAUCCGAGUGCAACUGCUUCACCCCAAACUGCUGCACCUGCACCCUCCCAAGCUGCCGUUGCAAGGGCUGUGGCCUUCCAAGCUGCGGCGGUUGCAACGGCUGCAGCCCGUGCUCCACCAGCUGCUGCGACUGCAAGCCAAGCUGCUGCAGCAGCAGCUGCUGCUCCGGCUGCUUCAGCCUCUUCAAAUGCUCAUCGUGCACCGGCUGCUGCUCGAGCCUGUGCAGCUGCAAGUGCCCCUGCACGACGCAGUGCUUCAACUGCCAGUCAUCGUGCUGCAAGGGGAAGCCUUCCUGCUGCAGGUGCCAGUCGUCCUGCUGCGAGGGCCAGCCUUCCUGCUGCAAAGGCGACUGCUGCUGCAGCCUUCCGAGGCUUUCAUGCCCUGAAUGCUCCUGUGGGUGCGUCUGGUCUUGCAAAAACUGUACAGAGGGUUGCCGAUGCCCGCGGUGCCGUAACCCGUGCUGUCUCGGUGGAUGCUUAUGUUAAUCUAGACCCGCUUUUUAGUUGGUUGGGUUUUUUUUUUUUUGUAGACUGUAGUUGUUACGAGUAGCUUUCAGGCUUUUGAUCAAGUUAAAAACUUUGAUAAAUAUAUGUUGUUUAUCCUGUAAAGAAAUGGUGAGUUCAUGCCUGGUAUUCCAUGUCAAAAGACGAGGUUGAGGUGCAAACAGGGAAUUAGUGAUCACGUUUUACAUACAACUACAAGAAGGCUUGUAAUAUAACUUGAUCAGUAAUGUUAUGAAA